AUGUUUAAAGUUAUAAUUGGAAACGGUACUACUCUUCAGAUAGGAGAAGUUGCCAGAAAUGUUAAAAUCCAAAUGAAUGGCAAAGAAUAUGAGGAGCAAAUUCUUGGCCUAAUUCCAGAACUACCAGACGAUUUCAUUUUAGGAAACAUAUUCCUUAAGAGAUAUCAGCCGUUUACGAUAUUCUCAAAAGGAAUUAUCCUAAAUAAUCAUUUUAUUCCGAAACUCUCAGAAAGUACUAUAAAGAAUUACAAAUUAGUAGAAGAAGAAAAAUCGGAAGAGAAAUCUAAUUAUCAAGAGAAACUUGAUAAUUGGAAGAACUUGAUAUCAGGAAGUAUUCCAAAAAUGAUUCAGUUGUCUGAAGAAGAGGAAAGUAAUCUUGAAGAAAUCAAAAAGAUGCUUUCAGAAAAUUGGUCGGAGAAUCCGCAGGCAUUAUGGCAGAAAGCCAUGCCAGAAGCAGAUAUUGUGCUUAAAAAUCCCGAUACAGUUAUCAGAAGUAAAGGGAUUAGUUAUCCAAAGGAAAUGAUAAAGGAAUUUAAGAAGCAAAUUCAAGAAUUGUUAAAUUUGGGACUAAUUAGGCACAGUACGAGUGAGCACAGAAGUGCAGCAUUCAUGGUGACAAAUCAUGCCGAACAAGUACAAGGAAAAGCCAGAAUGGUUAUUGAUUAUAAAGAUCUGAAUAGAGAAACAAGAGAUGAUGGGUAUAAUCUACCUAAUCAGGAAUUUCUUAGAAAUAGAAUAAGAAGGGAGACACCCUCAGUUUAUUCUAAAUUCGAUCUCAAAUCAGGGUACUGGUAG